AUGGCAGCAGGUACUGGCGCACCCUUUGUCCCCCGAUUUCGACCCCGCGUUCCUCAAACACCAGCCGAGGAGACCCCUCGUCCAAAAUCCAAGCCCACCAAGACCGCCCGUUGCAAGGCAGCUCCAUACCCAGACCGCAGACCUACCCAACCCCAAGGUACACCAGCUCCAAUGAUACAUCCGGAUUUGGCAGGUCCGACCGAGGGAGCUAUAAACACCCAACCGCCCCCCCUCAGUGACAAUGAAACCGAUAAAUCCAGCGAAUCAGAAGAGUCCGGCCGGGACGACCACUCAUCUCCGGCCGAAGGCGGCGAUGAAUCAGCUAACCUCCCCAGUGCUUCCAGCUUGACGUCUCGAGUCAAUGAAACCCCCAGUAUGAUAGCCUCCCUCCAAACAACCCUUGGGAUGUUGGAUACCGUCGUUGAAACUGUUCAACAAUGGGCAAGUCUGCCCCCGCAAGAGCACUUGGUUGGAAUCACCAUGUACCUCGAGUCGAUGAAUCAGCAGAUUCAGCGACUGGCCCCCCAGUCCAGUGUGCAGGACGUUCCAGCCCCAGCCCCCCCAGCCCCCGCUGCCCCCAGGGCGCAUGUUUGGCAUCGAGACUUUAGAGCCUUUAUUCGAACCAAACUUCGGGCUUGUCUCCUCCGCCCCGAUCUCAUGAGUUAUGGCCGAACUCAUACUGUCAGGACCCGAGCCCUUAACACUAGGACACCCCUGUUGUUAGUGAAGGUACGCCCCAUCCCCAAACCAUUUAUCAAGCCUGCAGAACUUACCACAAUCAGGCCCCAACAGCACACCAUUGACAACAUGGCCCAAGACUGGAAGGCUGUCUAUCUGCCAGCUGGAUACCUGAAUCACAAUCACGACGACAUCCGCCGCCUGAACGAGCUAAUCCGUGAGCUGCUUAAGUACGAGAAAAGCGCUUUUGCAAAACUGAUCAUGACGGGUGCCAGACCAGGCCGACGAUCAUCCAACGACGCAGUCCCAACCCUUGAUGGAGUCAUCAUCAAAAUAUUGCAAAAGAUGUCUCCCGAGCACGAAAUGAUGAACCGUGGAGACAUAGUAAGCUCAAUCAAAUCCCCUAUGAGGGUUCGGAUUGGAUUCUUGAGGCUCCAUAUGUACGUCCAACGCCAGCAAGACCGCACGACGACACAUGUGCGAUCGCCUUGGGAGGUCAUAGAUCGACAUCUAGAGAAUUUGCGCCAAGAGUCUCGUGACUAUAAAACCGCGUUUGCCCGACUUGUCUUGGCCUUCAACAGACAUUUGUUUGAUGGCACCAAGUCGGCCACUGACAUUGCAAAGAUAGUCGUAUCCCUCCCGUCCCCAGAGGAAGUCCAAGAGGCUUUGGACACAGGAGCUCAAUUGGCCAGUCCAGAAGACGAAGACCAGGACGGUGCCGAUGGCACCGGUGACCUGUUUUGA